AUGUUUGCAGAUGAACAGGAACACCAUGGUGACAAUGAUGAAUCAGUGAACCUGGCCAAUCAUGAAGACUGGACAGAAGAUGACCUGCUGGAGGCUCUCAUUGCUGAGGGCGACGAUGAUGCCGUGUUCAUUGCCGACUUCGAGACGGCUGCAAGUGAGUUGGUGCAAGGAGACGAAGAUCUUGCAGCAGCAUACAGCACAUACAUGGAGGCACGUAGAAAACUCAGUGAGAAAUAUCGGUCGAGGGGAUUUUGGCCCAUCUCCAAGGGAAAGGCCAAAGGCCGUGGCAAGUCAAAAGGACGGGCCCCUUGGGGAAAUCGAAAGUCCCUGCAGCAAAGGAUUAUGGAGUCCAACUGCAGGCUGUGCGGGAAGAAGGGACAUUGGCGCAAUGAGUGUCCAAUGAAAGGCCAAUCGUCUUCAACUUCCGCCUCAGCCGCCGUGACUGCAACUUUUGCAGCUCCAGGAAUGACCGUUGAUGAUGCCAUGCCAGCUGAGUUUCUUAGCCUGCCCGAAGUUGCCGAGUCCCAAGCCAAGGACAUUUUGUCCAAUGCGUCAUGUUUUGUACAGAUUGAACAGAAGCUCCGACAGCCCUCCAAGCCAUCGAGCAUGCCAAGCACAGAGGCCUGCCAACCGAAGCGCAUUUUGCGCACUGACCAAGUGAGAGAGCCAGCCAAUCAAGUUUCCAAACAGCCGCUCUGUUCAAAAGCAACAGACCAAUCUUUGACUGCACCAGUGGAGAGCCCAAUGACUGCCACCGCAUCCACAGAGGCCGACAUGUUUUUUGCCACUCAUGACACGUGGGGAAUAGUAGACACCGGGGCAACAAAGACAGUCAUGGGAAGUUCACAUGUGAAAGAGUUUUUAGAAAAUCUUCACCCUCAGGUCAAACCUCAUGCGCGACGCAGUUCCAGCAAUGUUGUGUUCAGAUUUGGAAACCAGGGAACGCUGAAAGCCACCCAUGCACUUGUUGUGCCAGGUUUGUACCUCAUGAACAUGAAUGACUUGCUUACAAUAUCUCCAGUGCCGGGAAGCCACGAAGUAGCUGCUGAAACCUAUGCACAGGACGAUCACUCCAGUGGUCAAAAGAAUGCGGUUAGCCAGACGUCAGCCAACAUCAAAGUUCCGUUGGCAACCACUGCCAAGAUCAGUGAUGCUCCUCGCUUGACCCGUGCUCAAGCCAACCUCCCAGCUCCAGAACAGGAGUCCAUCGAGCACCUGACAAAGGAGAACCUCAAGGACGAAGUGAUGAGUUUUGGAAAGAGCCAUUUGGGCAAAACAUACGAGGAGAUGUGGGUGUGUCACCCAGAUUGGAUUCGAUGGUUCACAGCACACUACCACAACAGCACCAAGCUGGAACACAGGAAGAUGAUUCACUACAUAGGUCUCAAGAUCGAGGAGUCCGAAGCCAACGAGGGACACACUCAGCCGAUGUGGAACCAGGAGAUCGACACCGAGAUCUACGAGAUGAUGAGCGAGUCACCCUGGGUGAACGAAACUCAGACCAGAGAGGAGAUCCAGAACAUCCAGGAGAGGAUGACAGGGCUGGAGACAGCCAUGCAACGGAUGAUUGCCCUGAUGUCUCAGGGGCACAUGAUGCAGCCGCAGCCGAUGUCCUUGCAGCAUCAGUCAGAGAACGUCCCGCCAAGAGAAUCCGCAAAGCCCCCAACAAGGGCACCAAAGUUCCUGCUGCAACUGGCGCACUCGGGCAGCCGGGGGAGACAAAGCGUCAACGCCUGA